UAACUGGAUUUGUGUCCAUUACACUAUUCCUAAUGUCCCAUUACACAACAUUAUUUAAUUCCUAACCCAAAAAUGCUUUCUAUAUAUUCAUACUUCCAAAAAAAAUCCCAUGAAAUCAAAUGAAGAAACAUCCAAGAACCCUAGCAAUAUUCAUGGCAAGAAACUACAACACACUCUCUCUCUUCAUCAUCAUCAUCUCUCUAUCAAUCUCCAAAUCACACUCCCAAACAAACCUCCCAUCUCCAAAUCUACUAUGCAUUAGUGAUUGCGAAACAUGCCCCGUCAUAUGCUCUCCGCCGCCAUCGCCGCCGUCGCCGUCGUCGCCGCCGCCAAGUCCAAAACUUACACCGCCGAGUCCUAAACUUCCGCCGUUGCUGCCGCUGCCGCCGGAAUCUCCACCGGCGCACCGCUACUCGCCGCCGCCGCAGCCAUACUACUACUACACUUCUCCGGCGCCGUUGUCGUCACCGCCGCCUCCUCCUCGUUCGAAGCCGCCUCCGCCGUCGUACACUUCAUUGGGAGGCGGCGCCACCCCUACGCCGCCGCCGCCGCCGCAAGUUUACGCGUACAAUCCGGGCGGCAACACGGCGCCGGGGCGCAACUUCUCUUACCCUUACUAUUAUUUUUACGCUGCUAAUGCUGCUUGUGGUAUUAAUAUUCCAUAUUUUCAUGGGAGUUUUAUUUUUGUGAUCAUCUUUGUAUUUUUCACAAAUUUUGUAUGAAUGUUAGGUGCAUUGACUAUAUGUAAUUAGUUUGUAUACUAUAAAAAAAAUAUUAGGAGGGGCAUAUGUUUUGUUGAAAAAAAUUAUUCUAAAUUAAUAUUCAUGCUUCUAGCAAAA